AUGCUCCGCGACCCGUUCGAGCACGCCGCACUGGUUCAGCGGAUCCAGAGCGAGUGCUUCGCGGAGGACAUCGAGCCACCCGCCGACUCUCUCGGGUGGACUGAGGAGGAGCUGCACGCCUUCUUUGAGUCGGGCGGCGACGAACUCCCGCUCCGCUUUGCAGAGACGCCCGGUGUACCCGUGCGCAUCAUUCCGGCCGGGAUGCGCGCGCGGGUCUUUGUGAUAUCGGACAUGCACUGCGACCAUGCGCAGAAUUUUGGCUGGAUCCAGCAGCGACUGCCUGCGAGCAGCUCCGGCUGCUUUGACGUGUGCGUCUGCUGCGGCGACGUCUCGGACAACCUGGGCGUGCUGCGCCAGGCGCUCGGCGUGCUGCGCGCGCGCUUUGACGAAGUCUUCUUCACGCCGGGCAACCACGAGCUGUGGGUGCGCAAGGAGCCGCCGGGAACCACGUCGCUCGACAGGAUCGAGACGGUGCGGCGGCUGUGCGAGGAGAAGCGGGUGCGGGUGGCGCCGCUUCGGCUGUGCAGCGCCGAGUCGGGCUCGGACGGCUGCCGCCUCGACGACCUGCUCCUUGUGCCGCUCCACUCGUGGUACCACUCCUCCUGGGACCGCGAGCCCGGCAUGGAGGCGGGCGGGCCCGACUCGGAGCUGCGCAAGGCGAUGCCGGGCGUGGGCAUGUGGACCGACCACCAGCUGUGCAAGUGGCCUCCCCACCUCGCCAACGACGAGGCGCGCGCCCUCCACUUCGCCUCCCUCAACCGCGAGCUCGAGCUUCUGCCCGAGAAGAGGAUGCUCAUCAUGGCCGAUUUGCACAAGGUGUCCGGCUCGGACCACCUCGAGGCGCAGCUUCGGCAGCUGAUGCCCGACGUGCACUGCUUUGGACACACGCACAUCCCCAUGGACCUAACGCUCGACGGCGUGCGCUAUGUUCAGUGGUCGCUCGGCACGCCGCGCGAGCAAAAGGGUCAAACGCGCGUCGUCUUCGGUCCGAUGCGGAUUUACGACGGAUCGACGGGCGGGGAGCUUCCGCAGCACUGGUGCCACUGGACGCGCCACUACGAACUCUACGCGCGCGACCUCAGCCGCACCGCGGCGGCGCCCUAUCUCCAAAGCUACCUCGCCCGCUCGAGAGGGAACGGUUACGCUGCGAGGGUUGUAGGGUGA